UAGAAGAAUUUGCCUAAAAUUUAACGUUGUUGUUAACUGGCUGAAAAUUAAAAAAAUCUAAAGGAUUAUGAAACUACAUACAUCAAUGUCAGUUUACAAACCAGCUAUCACAUUGAUUCUCUCUUUCUUUUUUUUUAGAAGGGAGACAAAGGAUAUGAUUUGGAUUAUAUUGAUGCUGGUGAAUCCUGCGCAAGGAGAAAUUCCAAAUCCUUUACUUGAAAUUAUAAAAGGCAACGCAACACUGAAUGCAGGAUCACAACUACAACUUAAAUGUAACAUUCAAGCAGAUGUUUCUAAUAUCACAUUUAAAUGGUUUAAAGAUAACAAUCAAAUUUCUGAUGAAACAUCUCAAAUGUUAACUAUCGGUAGUAUUACAAAAGAUCAAGCUGGUGCAUAUCAUUGUUCAGCGAAAGAUGGAUCUGAUGUUGAAAAAUUAUCAUCAACGAAACUUACUAUAACUGUCAAUUACUUGGAAAAUGCAGUAUUGACUGUUUCACCAACAUCGUCAACUAUUAAUGAAGGUGACAGUGUCACUUUUACUUGUGGUGUGGAUACAAACGUGAAUCCAGUUUCUUAUUCAUUCCAAAAAGAUGGUAUUGUUCAAACAACAGAUGGUAAAAAUGUCACCAUUAUUUUAAAAGUGAUGAAAUCAAAUUCUGGAUCAUACACGUGCACUGUAUCAGCAUCAACAAGACCUCCUCUUUCAGUCACGAGUAAUGCUGUAUCACUAACAGUGAAUGAAUUGUUUCAAGCUCCCACUUUACAAACAUCUUCAAUUUCUUUGAAUUCUGGCGAAUCACUUAUAUUAACAUGCCGUGUUAAUACGUCAUCCUCACCUGCAGGUAUUGAAUACAAAUUUUGGAAAGGUACUGCAAACAUCACAUCAUUUCAAUUAUCCUUUACACUUGCCAGAACUGUUCAGUCCGCAGACAGUGGUAAAUACACAUGUGAAGCGCGAUUGAAUAAUGUGGAGAAAAAUUCAUCAGAAGUUAGUAUUUUAGUUAAAUUAAGCGUUUCUGUCACAAUUACACCAACAGUUGAAGGACAAAACAUGACUAUCAAAUGUAAUGUGAAGGAUGAAGCAGCUAUGUCAUUUACAUGGAAAAAAAAUGAUGUUACAAUGGAUGGGAAUACCAAAGAUACAAUUGUGGUACCGAAUGUGAAUCGUUCUUUGGUUGGGAGUAAAUAUAGUUGUAUUGCUAUAUCACAAAAUUCCAUACAAAGUAAUGAAGCUUCUGCGACUGUGUCAUCUAGUGAUAUACACUAUGAAUCCUCUGCGGUUACCAUUAUGCCUACUGAUAUAAAUGAAGGUAAAGUUGGUGAAUCAGUAACAAUGACAUGCAACACAAGUGACUAUGGAAAUCCUCCAGCAGUUUUAACUUGGUACAAAAGUGGUAGUAGCACUGCACUUUCCACUGGUAAUGCAGGUGAAGCUGUGUUACUUACUUUUAAUCCUAUAACAAGAGACAGUACUGGUAAUUACACAUGUAACGCUAAAAACAAUGCUGGUGAAAAUCAGAAGAUGUUUCGUUUUGUAGCUAUUGAUAAACCAGAUUCUCCAACUUUGGAAGUUUCUUCAAAAACACCAACGUCAAUUACAGUUUUGAUAACACCACCAGCAUACACAGGAAAUAAACCAAUCACAUACUACACGUUAGAAUACCAAAGAGAUGGAAAGAAUAUCUCCAAAAAUAUAACAGAUCUGACAAACCUGAUGUACACUAUAAUAGAGUUGAAACCAGAAGUAGAUUAUCAACUAAGAGUACAAGCUGUAAAUUUUAUUGGAGCAGGACAGUUUACUGAAUUUAUUAUUGUAACAACAGGAGAUGCUGUUAAAGCCUCUGGACUUAUCAUCAAACCUACCGAUAAAAAUGAAGGUAAGGUUGGUGAAGCAUUUAAUAUGACAUGUUAUGCAAGUAAUUAUGGAAUUCCUACAGCAGUUUUAGCAUGGUACAGAAGUGGCAAUAGCACUGCACUGUCUACUGGCAAUGCAGGUGAAGCAGUGUCAUAUACAAUCAUUCCUGUAACAAGAGACAGUACUGGCGAUUACAUAUGUAAAGCAAAUAACACUGCUGGUUAAAUUGAGAAGAUGUUUCGUUUCACAGCCAUAGAUCAAGCAUUUGGAUUAUUUUUCACACCUUCUAAUAAACAUGAAGGUAAAGUAGGUGAAACAAUUGUAUUGGAUUGCUACACAAGUGAUUAUGGAAUUCCUUCAGCAAUUCUAACAUUGCAUAAAAAUGACG